AUUAAGUUUGUGUUUUGCAUUACUCAAGACAAAGCAGGCGUCGUGUAAUAUAAACAAAAUUGACUAGGACGGGGCUGGAUGAUCCCUACACGGUCUAGUGGCUUCAUCAUGAAUGCUCAUGUGGAACGAAAUGGCCAGACACUCAGCCCGGAAAUGCCAGCCGUCUUUGAUGGUAUGAAGCUUGCUGCAGUAGCCACAGUGCUAUACAUCAUAGUACGCUGCCUCAACCUAACAAGUCCUUCAGUAGCCCCUAAAAUCACCUGUCAGAAUACAUCUCUUAAUCUCUACCUGCUCAAGUCAUGCUCUGUCCUCACCAAAGAGUAUGUUCCUCCAUUACUAUGGGGUAAGAGUGGGCAUGUUCAAACUGCACUCUAUGGAAAGAUGGGUCGGGUGCACACUCCUCAGCCCUGUGGCAUGCGCUUGUAUCUUCCAAUGCAUGAUGGAGCUACAGCCACAUUUGACCUUUUUGAGCCGCAUGGUGAUCAUGUAACAGCUGAUGACAUAACCAUGGUGAUCUGCCCAGGGAUUGGUAACCACAGUGAAAAGCAUUAUAUCCGUACCUUUGUGGAUUACUCCCAGAAGCAGGGCUACAGAUGUGCUGUGCUUAACCACCUGGGGGCUUUGCCAAACAUUGAACUCACCUCCCCACGGAUGUUCACCUAUGGCUGUACCUGGGAGUUUUCAGCCAUGGUGAGUUACAUCAAACGUACAUUUCCACAGACCUGGCUCAUUGUGGUGGGCUUCAGUCUAGGUGGGAAUAUUGUGUGUAAGUUUCUGGGGGAGAACCAAGGUAAUCAGGACAGAGUGCUGUGCUGUGUCAGUGUCUGUCAAGGCUAUUGUGCUCAGAGUGCCCAUGAGACAUUUCUACAGUGGGACCAAUGCAGAAGAAUUUAUAACUUCUUCAUGGCUGAGAAUAUGAAAAAGAUCAUCCUGUCCCACAAAAAAAGUUUGUUUGGAUCACAGUCCGGCAAACUGGACUUUGCAGAUUUACAGUGUCUGUACAUGACCACAUCUCUUGCACAGAUUGAUGACUGCAUUAUGAGAAAGUUCCAUGGUCAUAAUUCUUUAAAAGACUUCUAUGAGAAGGAAAGCUGUGUACAUUACAUCCACAAUGUUAAUGUUCCUCUUCUCAUGAUUAAUUCAUCAGAUGACCCGCUUGUCCAUGAGUCUCUCCUGGCUAUUCCUCACACUCUAGCAGAGCAAAAAGAGAACGUAAUUUUUGUUUUGACACAGCACGGUGGGCACAUGGGUUUCUUUGAGGGCACCAUGCUCUUCCCUCAGCCUCUUACCUGGAUGGACCGAGUCAUCAUCAGCUAUGCUAAUGCCAUCUGCCAGAGGAAGAAAGAUUACCCACAGCGCCAACAGGCCAUGGACUGUACAGAACUUUAAGGCAAAGAACUUAAAGGCACAAGUCCCUAGAAAGGAUGCUUUUCUUUUCACUCAUGAGUGUAAUGCAUUUAAUGACUGACUUGCUUAUCUGAGAAACAGCCUUAGUGAAACACAUAUCUGUGUAACUAAGAGAAUUUCUAUAUAAUACUUGUUCUUGCACAGCAACAAUACAAUGGGCUUAAUAGGAGAGAAUAUGAACUAGUUUCUAAUACUAAAAUAAGCAUAAGCCUCUAAAUGAUCAGAAAUAGAAGUGCACUGGAUUUUAAAUAAAUUGCCUCCUUCAUUGUU